AAUUAUAAAAAUUCUUGCUAUCGAUAGACACAAAACACAACCAGAUGUUUGGAUCAUGAUAAUGAUACCUUCCCCUGCGAUAGCAUGGUCGCGCCGUCAAAUAAAUGCGCAGCCUAGGAAACUUUUCUUUGCUAUUGUAAACAAUGGAUAUAAAGUACGAUGAAAAGAAGUGGAAUGCGUCCAACACCAGGAUGCUACUAACCCUCUACAGCGAGCGACAGGCAGAUUUUCGAAACCCGAAAAGGAAGAUCAAAGACGUCUGGGGGGAAAUGGUCGUAGCCCUGCAAAGUCAGGGAAUGACAGAUAUAGACGCCACCCAGCUCGAUCGAAAGUUCAGGAACCUGAAAAAGACCUACUACUGCAUAAAGAGCAAACACUUGGCGAAGGGACCGCAGUACCAUCCCAACUGGCAGUUCUACGACGACAUGACAGAGCUUCUGAAGGACGAGCCCGUGCCGUGGACGCAAGUCCUGACCAUGGAUGACUACUCGGCGAUGCAUACGUUUCUGCGGGACGAUGAGGCAUACAAUCCGGUCAAUGAAAUGGAGAGCGGCAGGAUGUUAUCCAUCGGCACCACUGUCCGGACAGUUGUUCCCCGCCCGCAGAAGCGUCCAUAUCGCAAACGAAAGUUGGCAAUGGGUGAAACUGAUGCCAAAUUCGGAAGAGGAAACAAAGAACCAAGCCAACCGACCAGGGAAGCUGAUCCGGUCACGGUCUUCAAUGCCGCAGAGCCGGAACCCAGUAUUUUGGCGGAGUCCAAAGACGAGCUGUCCAUCGCCACCAAGGAGGAUGCUUUGAGACACCUGCGGGCACUCCAGGAAUACGCCAUGUUCCAGGACAAUUUUAGGGCCAUCGGAUUGCUUAUGCAGGCGGAGAACGCCAUUCAAUAUCCGCCAAAAAGCGACGAUUUCGAAGUGGAUCAAAAGUAAAGAGACCUCAUAGCCAUUAAAGAUAGCUAGUACUAAUAAAUUUAAUUAAUGGAACAUGUCCUAUAAUUACCCCUUUAUUAUUUU